GACGCAUUUCACGGCUGGCUCCAUAAGACACACAUCAACGCCAGUCCUUGACGAAGGGACACACCGACGACCUAAAUACACUCAGUGGUCCCCAGUCACCUGCUAUUAGAGAGACUUUCUGCUUUUCCCCUGCUGGGAGACGCUUUGUAAAAGUCCUCCAUGAUGCUUGGAGCAGUUAAAAUGGAAGGACACGAACACACCGACUGGAGCACCUACUACGGAGAGCCCGAGUGUUACACCUCGGUUGGCAACAUGAACACAGGCCUGGGAAUGAACUCUAUGAAUUCCUACAUGAGCAUGUCCGGCAUGGGCACCACUGGCAACAUGACAGCCAACUCCAUGAACAUGUCAUACGUCAACACGGGCAUGAGUCCCUCCAUGACCGGCAUGUCACCGGGCACCGGAGCCAUGAACGGCAUGGGCGCAGGCAUGACGGCCAUGAGCGCAGCCCUGAGCCCUAGUAUGAGCCCCAUGACCGCGCAGCCCGCAUCUAUGAACGCCCUGACAUCCUACACCAACAUGAACGCCAUGAGCCCUAUGUACGGACAGUCUAACAUCAACAGGUCCAGAGACCCCAAGACCUACCGCAGGAGCUACACGCACGCAAAGCCCCCGUAUUCCUACAUUUCCCUCAUCACCAUGGCCAUCCAGCAGUCUCCCAGUAAGAUGCUGACACUGGCCGAGAUCUACCAGUGGAUAAUGGACCUCUUCCCUUUUUACCGACAGAACCAGCAGCGCUGGCAGAACUCCAUUCGCCACUCGUUGUCGUUCAAUGACUGUUUCCUCAAAGUGCCCAGGUCGCCGGAUAAACCCGGGAAAGGCUCCUUUUGGACUCUCCACCCGGACUCUGGGAACAUGUUUGAGAACGGCUGCUACCUGAGGAGACAGAAGCGCUUCAAGUGCGAUAAGAAGACGAGCAAGGAUAGCGGGCGCAAAGGGGGAGAUGGCGGCUCCUCUAACAGCAGCUCGGAGAGCUGCAACGGAAACGAGUCCCCGCACUCCAACUCCUCCGUCAGCGAGCACAAAAGGUCCCUGUCGGACAUGAAGACGAGCCAGGCCCUGAGCCCGGAGCACGCCGCCGCCUCCCCGGUGUCGCAGGGCCAGCACCUCAUGUCUCAGCAUCACUCUGUCCUUGCGCACGAAGCGCACCUGAAGCCGGAGCACCACUACUCCUUCAACCACCCCUUCUCCAUAAAUAACCUCAUGUCUUCGGAGCAGCAGCAUCACAAGAUGGACCUAAAGACUUACGAGCAGGUGAUGCAUUACUCUGGCUAUGGCUCCCCUAUGGCCGGGGCUCUUUCCAUGGGCUCCAUGGCGGGGAAAGCCGGUCUGGAUUCUUCAUCCAUACCUGAAACAACUUACUACCAAGGCGUCUAUUCCAGGCCAAUCAUGAACUCCACAUAA